AUGCCUGUUCACUGCCUGCAGAACCCAGUGCUGGCAGGCAGCGCCGCUUUGGCUGCCUUGGGAGCACUGCUACUGUACUUCGGGGAGCCCUCCGGCUACGGGAAGUAUACAGGGAGCCUGACCAGGGCUGUCCACCUGCCCGCAGGCGCCGCCUGGUUCCUGCAGGAGCUGCCCUCCUUCGCGGUACCGCUGGGGAUGCUCCUCGGGCAGCCCCGAGCUCUCUUUGGCCCGCCUGCGACGGUGCUUCUGGGCCUCUUUUGCGCGCAUUACUUCCACAGGACAUUUGUUUACGCGUUCCUCACUAGAGGGAGGCCUUUUCCGAUUGCGUUGCUUUUCAAAGGCUUUGUGUUCUGCACGGGAAACGGAUUUCUGCAAGGCUACUAUCUGACUUACUGCGCAGAAUACCCUGCUGAGUGGUACACGGACAUACGGUUUGUCCUGGGUGUCUUCCUAUUUAUUUUGGGCAUGGGAAUCAAUAUUCAUAGUGACUAUGUAUUGCGCCAGCUCAGGAAACCAGGAGAAGUCAUCUAUAAGAUCCCACAAGGUGGCUUGUUCACGUACGUUUCCGGAGCCAAUUUCCUUGGUGAGAUCAUCGAAUGGAUGGGCUAUGCCCUGGCCUCCUGGUCCUUCCCAGCACUUGCAUUUGCAUUCUUCUCCCUUUGUUUCCUUGGGCUGCGAGCUUUUCACCACCAUAGGUUCUACCUCAAGAUCUUUGAGGACUACCCCAAGUUUCGGAAGGCCCUCAUUCCGUUUGUCUUUUAA